ACGAAAAAAACCCCAUAAUACACCUAAUACCAAUUCUAUCAUCUUCAUAUUUUUCCUCCAUAUUUCCCUUUUUUUUUUUGCUCUUAGCUUGAAACAUUUUGUCUCUGAUUUACUUCAAGAUGUCAGCACAAUGUGUUAACAUGAAUAACUUCAACUUAUCUUUAAAGAUGAAAGAAGUAACAGCAGAAAAACAAGGAAUAAUGUCAAUUCUUGGAUCAAACACUGAUCAAAGAAGUAUUAAAGCUGCAGCUUCUAUUAGAAGAACUCUUUCAGCUGAUAUGUCUUCCAUUUCUAAAAAUGGUUUUUUCUCUUCAAUGAAGAAAAUUGCUUCCUCUGAAGAGCUAAUUGCUAUUUCCUCUGCUGCUGAUAUUUGUGAUUCUUCUUCUUCAGAUGGGGAAGAAGAUCAUGUUGAACAACUCAAAGAUCAGCCAAUUGGAACAUUUGAUUGGAGUUCAAUUCUAUCUUCAAAGAAUGAAGAAGCUGACUCAUCUAAGAUUCCACCUCCUUAUAUUCAUCCUCUUGUUAAAAGAUCAGGCAGUUCUUUGAGUAAGAAAAGUCUUGAAAUUUGUACUGAGAGUCUUGGAUCAGAGACUGGCUCUGAUUGCUUUUCCUCUUCACCUCCUAAAAAUGAAGACUUAGAAAAUAACAAAGAUGAUCAUCAUUAUCAUCAACAACAACAUUCCUCUGUCUCACAAUCCUUUGAGGAUAUUCCAGUUGUAAAAUAUAAUUAUAGAAAAAACUUAUCUUCACCUAGAUCUUUUCCUCCUCCUCUUCAUUCUGUUCACAUGCAAUCAUUCAGACAAAAUGGUAGAUUGGUUCUUGAAGCAGUUUCUGUUCCACCUAUGAACUAUUUCCAUGCCCAACGCGUUGAUGGCCGUCUUUGUCUCACCUAUAUCAAUCAAAAUGAUUCUACAGCUGAUCAGCCAGAACUAGAAAUCGCAAAUAUUGAUGAUCAAGUUGAAGAGUUUGAGCAAAUGUUCGACGAUAUUAGUGUGAUGGAAAAAAGUUCAAGAUUGUCGAAUGAGGUGAUACAUGUGAACAAAUCAUCAGCCCUGAUGAUGUUAGAGAAAAAGAAUCAACUAACAUGGUCUAAAUGUGUUAGUUUCAGCGUGACACCUGGUUAUUUCGAUAUUAGCAACAAGUUCAACAACUCACUGAACUCGAUGAUGGAACAUGAGGUGAAAGAUAGUAUCUUUAGAGAAUGCUACACUUGUCCCUCAUCGAUUACUCAAUCACCACCACCACCGGCGGCUGCAGUCUCUUUAAAUGCAUACGAUAACUUUUGGAGGAAGAAGCCAACAGUGGCAAACAUUGUGAAUAAUUCCACCACUGCAGACCAAUGCUUCAGCAAGAACAACUACUACACCAAUAAGAAAGUUUUUCUAGCAGCAGCAGAAGCCAAUGGUACUGAUCUCAAAGCCACUGGUACCACUAAGAUAGCAUCAUAUGAGCAGCAGCAGGACUUGGUGCUAAUUAGAGGGAACAAGGCAUCUAUGAACAAUUUGGUGCCUUUGUUGAGAAGUUGCAAAGAGCCAAAGAGAUCACUAAUAAUUUGGGAGCCUUACUGCAUUGCCACCUCCUAAUCAUCAUGAUCAUCAUCAUUAACUCAAAGUAUUAAUCAAAAUAUUUGAUUAGGUCCAUAUACAAAUAAAUAUAUUUAAUUUACAAAAAUGUAAUAUGGUAUCAUUACAAAUAUGAUUUUCCUCUCUUAGUUUUUACUCUUUUGUCAAAAAUGAGUUUUGUAUAGCCGAAUAAAGAAGAGAGAUCAAGAAAGAUUUCAAUGGAGGUCAAUAACAACCAUUUUUAUCUUA